AUGCAUACGACAUUACAGCAGGGUGGUCGUUCCCCUAGUUCAACGAAUAGUCCGACGACAUCGCAAGUGAAAACGGGAAGGAAGAGAGAGCGUGGUGAUCAGAGUUCCGAAUCUGUCAAACGGGAACGUCGGAUUGAUGAUAGUGGCUCUGGUUUUCUAAGGACAGAAAGUAGUUUGAAAUCUGAGAUUGCAAAGAUUACUGAAAAAGGCAGGCUGGUGGAUUCUGAAGGGGUUGAGAGAUUGGUGCAGCUCAUGCUGCCUGAGAGGAAUGAGAAGAAAAUAGACUUGGCUGGACGAUCAGUUCUUGCAAGUGUUGUAGCGGCGACAGAUAAGUUUGAUUGCCUCAGUCGUUUUGUCCAGCUCAGGGGAUUACCUGUUUUUGAUGAGUGGCUUCAGGAAAUUCAUAAAGGGAAAAUUGGGGAUGCGAGCAGUCCUAAAGACAAUGAUAGACCAGUGGACGAUUUUCUCUUGAUCUUACUUCGUGCUCUUGACAAGCUUCCGGUGAAUCUCAAUGCUCUUCAGACCUGUAAUAUUGGAAAGUCUGUUAACCAUUUGAGGUCACAUAAGAACCACGAAAUCGGGAAAAAGGCAAGGAGCUUGGUUGAUACAUGGAAGAAACGUGUUGAGGCAGAAAUGGAUGCAAAGUCUGUAUCCAAUCAGGGUGCGUCUUGGCCUGGAAGACCUCGUCAGUCUGAAGCUUCUCAUGGCGUUAAACAUUCAGGUGUAUCCGCUGAUGUAACCAAGACAUCAUCAUCACAUCUACAUCCUUCUAAGUCUGUGUCCGUCAAAAUACCGUCAGAGAACAGCAUGAAGUCUGCAACCACGUCUCCAAGUUCUACUAGAUCAGCCCCUUCACCUGGAACAGUUGUUGCUGUUGUUAAUGAUGGGCAGCAAAGAAAUACCGGUGCAUUCCAUAGAGAAGUUGGCCUGAGCAGGAGCUUCUCAUCACAAAGAACUGCAACUUCUGAGAAAGCAUCUCAAUCCACUCUUGACGUACCUAUGGCCGAAGGUUGCAGCAACAAGUUGAUUGUUAAGCUGCCAAAACGUGGUCGCAGUCCGGCACAAUGUGUUAGUGGAGGUUCCUUUGAGGACCCUGCAGCUGAUAAUAGCAGAGCUCCAUCACCUGUUCCUUCUGAGAAGCUUGAUCGAAACGGGAAAGAAAUGAAUGAUACAUAUCGAGCUAAUAUUAGCCUUGAUGCGAAUACUGAGUCUUCGCAGAACAAUGACCUUAAAAACCUGUCGACAGUUUCAGAUGAGGUAGCUGGUUCCCCUUCUGUUAAUGAUUCUAGUAAAGUAGCUGCGAUUGUCAAACCUACUUCUCCUAUGGUAGGAGAUGACGUCAAAACUGGAAAAAGGCAUGGUGGAUCGCAUAGUUCAAUGAAUGCCUUGAUUGAAAGCUGUGUCAGGGACUCUGAGGCAAAUGCUUGUAUGGCUGGUGCGGAUGAUGUUGGAAUGAAUCUUCUAGCUACUGUAGCUGCUGAUGAGAUCUCCAAAUCCCCUGUUGCAUCACCCUCUGUAUCCCGUGUUUCAGAUUCCUUGCCGAAUACUGUAGAGAAUCAAACAAGACGAAUCACAAAUUCUUUGGAUGUGUUGCCUGGCGAGCAAGCUGAAGCUGUUUCCAAGGAUCCUACCAUUGUUGACAAUGAGCAACAUAUCAGUAGUAGUGGCGAGCAGUUGGCGGCUUUAGAUAAUGUGACUGAUUCUAAGCCAGGAGAUCUUGAUGAGAACUCUGAUUCAGAAAUCAAAGAAUUGCAAAGGUUGGUAGAUCAGUGCCUGGAGAACAAUGAAAAUUCAGAUGAUGUUGCUCCAACGGCUGUUCCCACAUCAGGCAUUGGGGAAAACAUGUCUGAUGAUAGUGAUAGUGGGGUAGUUAGUGAACUUAAGACUGAUGUUACAUCAGAGAUAGAUCGUGUGGCAGCUACAACGAAAAGGACAGUAAACUUGAACUCUGUCUUGAGUGAAUGUAAAGCCAUUGGCAUAAGUCAAAAUGCAGAUUCUUUGGCCGCUGAACAUUCACCCUCAGACCUUGUUGGCGAUAGUAAGAAAGAAGAGAAACCAAAGGUGAUGUUGAGCUCUGAGCUAGUUAAUAAAACUGGAGGUGUAUCAGUUUCGUCAGAGUUUGCCAAGGAGAUAAGUACUGCAAAUGUUGACGGAUCAAUGACAGAACAAAAGUCGGAUGAUAAUGAUUGUGGAGUAGUGGCUGAUCGUCUUUCAGAUACAGCUGAAAGGGUGGCGACCUCUGUGCCAGCUGAAUGUAAAGCCAUCGACUUAUGUCUUACAGUAGAUUCUCUGGCUGUUGCCAAUUCACCCUCUGAUGUCAGAAGUGAGAACAAGAAUGAGCAGAAAUCUCCGGUAGUUUUGAGUUCUGAGUUAGUUAAAAAAUUGGGUGAAGGUGUACCAGAUUCUUCUGGGCUCUCCAAGAUCAAGCGUUUGGCAGCUCGUCUGGACACACCUGCAAGUAACGGUGAACUUGAGCAUGUAGAAGCAUCUCUAAAAAGUACCGAAGUCGAUAAACGGUACGCCACCGCAUUAGGUCCUCAAGUAGUAUCACCUAAAGUUGCAGAAGAUUGUAGGAGACCUAAUGGGUCUAGAGUGAGUGGUGCUAAUGGAGAUGAAGCGGAGGAAUGUACGUCUAUUGCUAGAGAUGUUCCUUCGGUUUCAGCUUCAGCAGGGUCAGAAAUGGAAGCCAGAGUUGAGUUUGACCUAAAUGAAGGUUUUAAUGGGGAUGAUACACGAAACGGAAAUUCAAAUAACUUCUCUGGAUCUUCGUCUUUGCCACCUACUCCCUUGCAACCCAAUCGACUUCCUGCAUCCAUUACAGUUGCUGCUGCUGCAAAGGGUGCAUUUGUUCCAUGUGAUGAUCUGCUGAGAAAUAAAACAACUGUUGGCUGGAGAGGAUCUGCUGCCACUAGCGCCUUCAGGCCAGCUGAGCCAAGAAAAGUCCAGGAGGUGGCGCCACUAAGCAUGAAUAAUGUGUCUUCCUCUGAUGCUUCUACAACCGCUGGCAAGCAAACGAAGACGUUUUUGGACUUUGACCUAAACGUACCUGAUGAGAGAGUUCUUGAAGAUCUGGCUUCCCAAAGAUCUGCCAAUCCCACAAAUUCCUCUGGAGGCCUAGAUCUUGAUCUAAAUAGACUUGAUGAUCCAACUGAUUUGAGUAAUUAUACAAUAAGCAGUGGUCAUCGGGCAGACUCAUCUUUUCAGCAGGCAAACUCAUCUUCUGGUGGUCGUAGAGAUUUUGAUUUUGAUUUAAACGAUGGACCAGCUGUUGAUGAUGCAAAUGUUGAGCCAUCUAUGGUUUUUAGUCAACAUUCCCGAAGUGGCUUGACAUCACAGCCAAUGAUCUCCGGAGUAAGAAUGAGUACUGAGAACAUGGCUUCUGGCUUCUCAUCUUGGUUUCCUGCUGCUAACAAUUAUUCAGCAAUGAGUGCUCCUCAAGUCUUGCCUGAGCGAGGGGACCAGCCUUUUCCGGUUAUUAGCAGCAAUGGACCGCAAAGAAUGGUGGGUCCUUCAUCUGGAGUUUCCUCAUUUACACCUGAUAUGUACAGAGGCCCGGUUUUACUGUCUUCUCCAGCAGUUUCAUUCCCGUCCACAGCGUUUCAGUAUCCCGGGUUUCCUUUUGGAACGAGCUUUCCUCUUUCCUCAGCAAAUUUUUCAGGUGCUUCAACACCAUACAUGGACUCUUCGUCAAGUGGCAGGCUUUGCUUCCCUCCUGUCAACUCUCAGAUAUUGGGUCCUGGAGUUGCCAUACCGUCUAAUUAUCCAAGGCCUUACGUCGUUAACCUCCCAAACGGCAGUAGCAAUGGUGGAGUUUCGGAUAGCAACAGUGCAAAAUGGUUUAGAUCAGGUCUUGACUUAAACUCCGGACCAGGGGGGCAUGAAACUGAUGGGAGAGAUGAAGCAACGCAUGCUGUCGCACUAAGCCUUUACUUUGAAGAUGAAAAGCAGACGCACGCCACAAAGAUACCUCCUCCAACAGUCUCGGAUUUUCACAGGCGUGGCUGA